AUGGAUGACUGCAGUUCAGAUAUAAUUGAACAAGCUCGUCAGUUGUUUAUGCAUUGUGAUACAGAUGAUUGUGGCUAUUUAACACGUCAAGCAUUAGAUCGUCUUAGUGAUCGUUUACCAUUGACAAUUUCACAAUUGGAUUUUGUAUUCAAUCUACUGGAUAAAGAUAAAAAUGGACAAUUGACUUUGGAUGAAUUCAUUCAAGGUUUCGGUCAUUUUCUAGUUGACAAAGCAGCAAACAAUUUAUUAUUGGAUGAAGAAAUUGACGAACAAUACAAUCAAAUUAUAUCAUCAUUAGAUCCAGAAAAUGUAUUAAAAAGCUAUGAACAAGUAAAACAUAUAUGGAAAUACAUGAAAUUGGCUAAUUCACAUUUAUUACCAGAAUUUGAAGAUAUGUUAAGAGCUAUAAUGAAAGAGGUUAAUGGUGCUAGAGUAGAAUAUGAAAAUAUGGAACGUAUGAUACAAAAUAAAAUAAUGAAACAAGAUGAAGAAUUGCACAAUUUAGUUGAAGAACUCGAGCUACAAGUUAAUCAAGAAAAAGAACAAUUAAAGCAAAAGGAAGAACUCAAGGAAAGAGAACUGAAAGAAGAAUUAAACAAUAAAGUACAGGAAAAAGAAAAAUUGUUAAAUGACCUUGUACAACAAUUUGAAAAAGCUUCUAGCAAAGUAGAAGAACUUCAAAAGAAUCGAAUGAGCAUUGCUCAAGAAAAAGAGAAAUUAUUACAAGAAAAAGAAGAUCUAGAACGUAAAUUAGAAGAAUCACAAGAAAUGUUAAAUGAAUGUAAAGAUUAUAUUGAUACACUGCAGAAGAAAGCACGUGAAGAACGUCGACGUAGAGCAAAAGCAGCAAUAGAGCUUAGUGAAGGUAUAGCAUUAGAACGUGAAACAUUAGUAAGACAACUCGAUAUGUUAAGGACUAUUAAUCAAAAGUUAGUUGAUGAACAAGAGUUUAAAUCCCAAACACUUUACGCAGUAAAAGAAACAUCACAAACGGUUGAUUUACGUGAUUUUCACAGUAAAUCACAAUCACUUGAUAUGACCAGUGCAAAAACUUCAGAGACAACAAUAAAAGAUACUGCCGCUUUACCACAUUUACUAUGUAGUUCAACUGAUUUGGAUGCAACAAAUUUUGAGAUUGCAGAUGCGAGAAGAGGUUCUACACUGAGUAAUUAUUUCACACCAGUAAUACUAAAUGAUGACAGUAUACGUGAAGGAGAUCUUGGAAAUAUUGAUGAAGCUGAAGAAUACGAAGAAGUUUUCAACCAAUAUCCUGGCAGUAUAUAUACCCCUCGUAUUCGAAAAACUUCACAGAAAUCUCGAGCAUAUAUGAAUGAUUCAGCGGAAGUACGCUAUAUGCCAAAUGGAAGAAGAGUUUCACCUGACGGAGCCUCUUACAUGAGCUCAAAUGCUGACUCGACCACUAAUGGAUCAUUUGCUGAACGUGUCUACAAAGUUAUAUUUGUUGGUGAUUCAGGUGUUGGAAAAUCAAGUAUUAUACGAAAAUUUGUAUCUGGUGUAUUUGAUUUAAAUCUUCCAUUAACUGUGGCAAUUGAUUUUCACGUGAAAUUUAUGCAUUGCGAUGGGACUAAUUUGUAUCUACAAUUAUGGGAUACAGCUGGACAAGAGAAAUUCAGAAGUAUUACGCGACAAUAUUAUCGUAAAUCAGAUGGUGUAAUUAUUGUCUUCGAUGCAACUAACGAAUCAAGUUUUUUAGCCGUCCGGUCAUGGCUUCAAUCGGUUACCGAAGAAACAGACGAGAAUACCGUUAUCUUAAUUCUUGAAAAUAAGUCUGAUCUCAUUGAAGAAAAUGAUAAUAAACGUGCAGUAUCGCGAGCUACUAUUGAUAAAAUUGUUCGAGUUUAUAAAACAAUGUGCUUUGAAGUCAGUGCAAAAACUGGACACAAUAUAGAAGAGGCGUUUAUGGUUAUGGCAAGAAAACUUAAAGAAAAAGAAGUUUAUGAACUUCAAACUCUUCAAAAUUUAAAGAAUGAUGCAAAUAUUAAAAAGAAUACAUGUUGUCGAUGA